ACUAAAAAUUCUUCAAAUCUAUGUAUAUGUUUCAUUGUUUUUUCAGAUUCUUUUAACAAACACAAGAAGGAGAGUCUAGAAGAUUCAUUUUCGCGGUAUUUUGAUGGCGGCGCUCAAGCACAAUGCAUACCUCAACAAUCACUGGACUCCUGAAGAACAAUCUGCUCUUGACGAAUUGCUUGUCAAAUACUCAACUGACAAUGAAAUGCAUCGUUAUGCUAAAAUUGCGAUGCACUUAAAAGACAAAUGUUUACGAGAUGUAAUAUUGAGAUGUAGAUGGAUGAGUAAAAAUAGGAAGCAAGGAAGUGAUCAUAUUUCAAACAAGGAAAAGCUUACAGAUCUUAUGCCAAAAUUAACUAAUUACGCAAAUGCUCCUCCCAAUGCUCAAGCUAUUUUACCAAUGGAUAGUAAUGGUGAAAUUUUCUACCAAGCCAUUGGUGGUCCCACUGGGAUGCUUCUUGAACAAAAUGCUCAGGCAUUGGAUCAAAUUUGUGCUAACUUUGCCGCUUGUCAGAUCCAGGAAAACAUCAACCUUCUCUGGCAAACUCAAAGUAAUAUCUUCAAUGUUAUGAAUAACUUAAAUGACAUUUCAGAGAUGAAUCUGAUGCCUCCACUCCCUAUACGGCUAAACAAAGAGCUCGCCAACUCAAUCUUUCAGCAACCACCACCAGUUCAAGAAAAUUCAUGAGUUCCUACAGUUUGUUCAUGUUUUGAGGCUUUAUAUAUAGAGAUGGUUCACUGCACUUCCAAUUUACUUAGAAAACAUUAUACUUGCACCAAGUUCAUAUACUGUUUGACUUUCUUUUUUAUGCAAUGUUUCCUUAAUGAAGAUUGUGACCUCUCGUAUUUUGAACACAUUUGUAGCAUUAAAUGAUGUGGUAUCAAGAAGUUUAGUUGUGGACAUGUAACUUCUAGUUGAAACUUGUUGUUAUCUAUGUGUGGGGUAUCUCAUAAAGGAGACAAAUUGAUCUCCUCUAUUAAAUUGAACUGUGUCGCAAACACAUAUGAGAAGCCUGCUAAUUAGUCCCGGUUGAUGAAAUUCAGCCAUUCCGAGAUGCCUUGUACAAUACAAGUUAACCAUUUUCGAAAAAGGAACAUAUACUAUGUCUCUUCAUAUUCGUUCAAAUUCUAAAUACGCCUCUAAAUAUUUGUUCUUAUAAACAACUUCAAAGACAGAAAAUACCCAGAACCAAAAUAGAGGAUGUAUGAGAUUCUUCUAUGCCCUCAGUUUCAAUGGAAACAGCUUUAAGCCACUGGGAAAUAUGAAGAUGGGACACUGGAUGCCAUUUUAUCUAUUGGAAGUCGUGCAAUUUGAACUUCUCAUCUUAUAUAUUUUCAUAUAGACAAUGACACUGCUACUGGCAUUAUCAUUAGGGAUGGACAUAAACAUCUAAAAAUUGAAAAAUUAAAUCAAAUACUGUGAAUAACAAUUGUUACUUUAUUCAUGCUCUUUUUUUAUUUUUGUUCAUAACAAUUGAUAUGCGCAUAUGACAGUGGCGUACUAUCACCUAUUUUGCUUGCGUACUUAAUUAUUUUAAAAGGGAAUUAGGUAAAUCAAAUUUUUAAUAAGAAAUUAACAACUCAAAUCAGUAUAAGAGGAGGCAUUCAAGGGCUAAUCGCGAAAUUUUCAAAAUGCAUUAUUACUCGUUCAACUUUCUUCUUUGAAACAUCAAAUAGCAUUGACAACACUUAACUACAAAAAA